AUCUCCCGCUCGCCUCUCCCUGCCGCCACCACUGUCGCCUCUUGCCGGGGACCGGCCGGCCGGCGGCACCCGCCUCUGGCCCUGCCUACAACUAAAACCUGCUCCCCGCAGGCUGGGUCCUCUGGGGGUGGCGGAGAGAGAAAGCGCAAUAGGCUGCAAGUCGUAGCAGACGUCACCCAAUCCGGCGGCCGGCCCUGCUCCUCGCAGUCGGCGGCGGCGCCACCAGUUCUAGGCCGGGUUAGACAGGCCGGGAAGCGAGCCGGAUGGGUGGUGCUCGGUUUCCAUAGGAACCGGUCGGGCCGCGGAGCGCAGCGCUCCUUCCAAGCACUGCCGCCGCCACCGCCAUGUUGAUGCUGGGCCGUGGGUUGGACAGCAGGGACAAUCAGACUAGACAAGUUCGGGAAGCUGUGUCAAAUGUGGAAAAACAUUUUGGUGAAUUGUGCCAAAUAUUUGCCGCAUAUAUACGAAAAACUGCCAGAUUGCGAGACAAAGCAGAUCUCCUAGUCAAUGAGAUACAUGCUUAUGCAGCUACAGAAACACCGAAUUUAAAACUUGGACUAAAAAACUUUGCAAAUGAGUUUUCCAAACUUCAAGAUUAUCGCCAGGCAGAGGUGGAAAGACUUGAAGCCAAAGUGGUUGAACCUCUGAAAUGUUAUGGGACCAUCGUAAAACUUAAGAGAGAGGAUCUCAAAGCAACUUUAACAGCAAAGAAUCGAGAAGCAAAACAGUUAUCUCAACUAGAAAGGACACGUCAACGGAAUCCAUCAGAUCGACAUGUUAUUUCACAGGCUGAAAGUGAAUUACAAAGAGCUUCAUUGGAUGCGACUAGAACAAGUCAGCAACUGGAGGAAACAAUUGACAACUUUGAAAAACAAAAAAUAAAAGACAUCAAGAACAUCUUUUCGGAAUUUAUAACAAUUGAAAUGUUAUUUCAUGGAAAAGCCUUAGAGAUUUACACUACUGCCUUCCAAAAUAUACAAAACAUCGAUGAGAAUGAAGACUUGGAGGUGUUUCGGAGUUCACUCUAUCCACAGGACCAUCAGACACGUUUGGAUAUUGUCCGUGCAAAUUCAAAGUCUCCCCUCCAGAGAACUGGUUCAGCCAAAUCUUGUGCUGGAAUAGUUCAGAUUUCUAGGAAUCGAUUAAAGAAGGAGGAGGAAGAAGAAGAUGAUGAUGAUUAUGAGGAUGAAGAUGAUGAAUUGGAAACCACCAAGGAAGAAAGAUAGUUUUUGAGACUAGAAGACAUUUAGUCAAAUUAAAAAUUUUUCCAUUGUUGACACAUGAUAUUAGAUAAUUCAUUAAGGCCACCCAUUAAAGUUACACCAAAUGAAACUGGCAGCUAUAGCUAAAAAGGUGUUACCUGGCCACCCUGUGAUUUAAUAGUAUGAAAUCUGAAGUCUACUAAAACUGGCUACUUUUGGUAACUAAAUACAUCUUUAGCUUCUUAACCUAUGCAAAUUGGUUAUGGAAGUAAGUGUAGCAACUCGUAAAAGUAGACAGCUUUGUUUCAGUCCAUAAUUCUAAAAAGCAGGUACCACAGUAAUAUAUUGGUCAUUAAUUGUUCCCAACAUGUCCUAUACCUGGGCUGCUAAAGAGACUAGCGUGCAGGUUCCUCUUGUACCUGCUGAGGUCACCUUCCUCCCAAUUCCUUAAAUUAAUUGAAUCUGCAUCACACUUGUUCUGCAACAGACAAUGCCAUUGGGUGAGGACUAGACAGACCUUCUCUCUUCAUACAACUUCAGUAUUCCAGGUGAAAGUGCCUUCAACCUUACAGUUUCUAAUAUAGGGUGAGUUCAAACAUCAUAGUGGCAGGUAUGUGAGAGAAAAAUACGGGCAACCGUUGCCACCGCCUCAUGCAUGUCACCUAAAGGUACCAAUGUCCAGUACCCUUUGCAACUUCAAUUGUUGGUUAUGAAUGUUAGGCAGCAGAGGGUCCCAACGUUCUUCACCCAACACUGGUGGUUUCAGGCAACAUGGAAGUGAAAGCAAUAGUGGGAAACCAGUGGUUAGUUGCCAGGAUGUCUGAACCCAUCCACAGACUUAAGUUGUAUCCUAAGAAAGUUAGGAUUCCUACAUCCCAUUGGAAUUAAUGGAACCUACAGUAAAUCGGUCACAACUAACAUCUCAUUGAUUUCAAUGGCAUUAAGUCAUGACUAAUUUUCUUAGAAUACAACUCUUAGACUUUAUUAUAAUUUCCGAUGGAAACACAAUAUUGAAGACACUUGGGACAAUGUAUUUCCUUGUAAUUCCUCUUAAUAUCAAAUAUCUAUCUAUUUUAAGCUUGUAUUGUCAGUAUUAUAAAGACCUGUAUUUCUGCUGGA